CCCAUCUCUUCAUCUUCCUUUUAACUCCCUCUUCCAACUGCAAACAACAAAACCACAGAAAAAAACCAAAAAAUGUCAAACAAAUCCCCCAUUUUCCCCUUUGUUGAACCUCAACACUUCAGUGACUAUGGCUUCGACCCUCAAAUCGAUUAUUUUCAGAUUUUGGAAGAAGCAAGAAAGCACAAGAUUAGAGAAACGGCAAGAUCUUCUAUAGAUACAGUUCAUUUCAAGCUACAAAAACCAAUCUCAAAAGACGAAUCUUCAAAAAAGAUAAAGAAAAACAGUAGCCGCAAAAAAUGGUGGAAAAAUGCUCUGCUAUUUUUCAAGAGGAGCAGUAAUUCCAAAAAUGACAAAAUCUCCGGCGACGGUGAUCUUGACGUCGACGGCGAAGUUCACCGCCGGUGUGCUACUUUCCGGGGAUCAGUAUCUGGACCGGUUUAUAUUACUGAGAGCAGAAGUGGGUCAAACACGCCUUGCCGUACAACCAGCCGUCCGUCGUCCGGUCCACUCGCUGGCACUUUGACUCCUAGCCGGAAAGGUGAUUUCGAGAUCCCGUACAUUAACCUCAGGGAAUUUAACAUGGACCCGCAGCAGCAUAGGAUCUCGACAACUUCAGCUAUGCCCAUAUAUUUGGUUACGUGAACAGAGCAGUAUUUAAUUAAUUUUUAAUUUUAAGUACUCCUAUCUGCUAAUUAUCAUUAUCCUAAUUUUAUACCUUUUUAGGGUUGGGAAUUAGAAAGUUGAUGAACCCUCUAGUCUUUAAUUAAAAGGGCAUCCUCUUAUUUUUUAUUUUUUUUGUUUUUUGUUGUUAGAAGUUAACUUUUCCAGUCAUUUUAUUCAACUUUUUUUUUCUUGUGAAUUGUCAACAGACAGUCUUUUUCUUUGAUUAUGCUGCCAAUUGUAAUGAGCUGAUUCAUCUACUAAUGGCCUGCUUUUGCUUUGACCAGA